UGAUCACGUUGGGAGACAACAAGGAAGUCAUGGGUUGUGUACGGUGAAAGAGGAACAGAUCCCUUAAUCUCCGUUUUCGACGAUGUCUCUUUACAAAAACAGCUCGUUUUGGGGUUUGCUAGUGUUAAUAUGCAUCUAUACUCUCGUGUCUAGUGGCGAAGAAAACUUCCCCGCGACAGAUUCAACGGACACCAUGAGACAAACUCCGUCUUUCAGCCCUGCUGCUGCUGCUGUUGUCAUGGGCGACUCGCCAGUCUUUAAACCCGGUGUGGAGUCUCUAUUCUCCCUCAAUCUAUUCCCAGAAGACCUGGAGAUCACCAAAUACUGCAGCGAGCUGCUCCUAAUUUUCGGCCAGAGAUAUGUCGCCUACGUCAACUGCCUGGUGACUGCUGCCCGGCCCGUUCAGGUCUGCCAGAAGUGUUACUCCAGCUACGGAAGCCUCGUUGACACCUACGUCAACAUCUCGUCAGACCAGAUGGGUCCUGGUAAUGACAGCUGCCGGGACAGCCUCCUGCGUAGUGACCGGCUGAUGCUGGUUUACCUGCUGUACAGCAACAUGGAGGACCUUUGGUCAAAGUCUGACUGUGACAAGUGUAUCACUAAAGGAUUCGGGAGCCCAACCAAUGACACGCUGUACUUCAUGAACACUCACAACCAAACUGUCACCUGCUUCAAUAAAUAUCAACAGGGGAACUAUACCGAGCUAUGCAAAGACUGUAAGAGCUCAUACAAAAGCCUGAAUGAGCUGUACAGCAGGAUGGAGACCAACCAGACUAUGUGCAUUGACAUAGAGGAUACGAUGAAUAUGACUCGCAGACUGUGGAGUAGGAAAUACAAUUGUUCCUUCCCCCGCGAGGAGACGGUGCCUGUCAUCGCCGUGUCCAGCUUCAUGCUCUUUCUGCCCAUCAUCUUCUACUUGAGCAGCUUCCUUCACUCUGAACAAAAGAAACGCAAGCUCAUACACCCCAAAAGGGCAAAGUCAUACUCCAGUCUGAUGAACAUUCAGAGCAAAUUGAGCUGAAGAGGAGACCGGUGAUGAAGACUAAACUCAGAAGGUACAUCACGGGAGAAGAUUGGACUCCUCACCAUCUUGUGCGGGAGGUUUGAACUUAGCAGACUCAACAGCAGCAUCCUGUUUGUUUCUAGAGCCUGUGAUGAGUAUUCAGAGAACUUCAAGAGGCUAGAUACGAGGAGUAAAUGCUCUGGGCACCUUUUUUAUUUUUUGUGCAUACCUGUGCCUUCACUUUCUCAAACAAUCUCUUCACAACAUGUCAAACAAUGUGUUUAAAACAGAAAACAAAACCCUGCAUUAUAAAUAUCUUUAAAACCCAGCAAAAUUAAUGAAUGACAUGAUGAGCUUUAAUUUGUGAAUUUAUUUUGAUCCAUAUUAAAGGAGCUGUUUGUUUGAGUCAAAUCAUAUCUAACAUCAUAAACCACCGAUCAGAUUAUUCUUCAUCUUGCUGCACAGAUGCACCAGCCUCUUCUUCCUUUCAACUCGUUAACAAUCUUCACGUUCUACAGUGCAUCCUGUAGCCUGAUACACGCACAACUAGCACCACAAAAAAUGAGUGGCUUGUGCGUGCAGGAGUGAGUGUGUGUGAGCUCUACUUAUGGGUUGAAAAAAUGGGUUUUCUGUCUCUAAUGUAUGUCCAGAAGAGAGCUGCAGAAAAGGAAGCACUUGAUGUCCAUUAGUGGUGACAUGGAUCUGCUGUAAGAAGAGUGAGGGUGCACAUCAGUGGGGCGGGGGGAGUAGAUAAAGACAUUACACACAUAAUAUUAGCACACUCCAGAGUACCACACUGGGAUGUUACCUGUUAUCCAGUCAGAGUUUUUUUGUGGCUGCAUAAAGCUUUUAAUGUGCUUUGUUGUCGUUUUCCACUGAUGUUUAACUUAAUUUGUUAAAAGGCUUCUGACCGCUCAUGAGAGCGAAGUCUAAUUUAUGUCUCCUGAGUGUUCAAUUGAAUCAUCCUAUUAAACAGGAUUUUGCUGUGUAGUAAUGUAAACCUUAAUUUUGAAUGCAUAAGCCUAAAUAAAUACUUUUACGUCAGAA